AUGAAAUUGAUAUUGCAAACUAAAGACUGUGUCGAAAUUCCCAAGUUUAUCAGCUGCACUAGAAACUCGGCGCUCUUCGACGAACUUCAAAGGUUUGAAGUCUGCCUCCUGGGACGUGGCGAAGCGGAUGCCGCUGUUUCGUGCGAAUGCACUAUCGUUUUCGAAUACACUGAACGAUAUCCUCACGAAAAGCCCAUUUACGAUAUUUGCAAUGUCAAAGGGCUCACAUCGGAUCAAGUAGGAGAACUGCAUCGUUCGCUUGAUUCGGUGGCGCAACGUUCCCUCGGAUACAUAAUGAUAUUUGAUAUGCUUUCAGAAGUACAAGAACGGUUGAAUUUUACGUGCGAACGGUCGGCUAGCGAUGCAAGCCAAGGCAGAUGA